AUGAUAAACUGCACCAAGCCAAAACGGAGACGGGAAGAUAAAAGCCAGCACUGUGCUCCAGUCUUAUCUUUAGUCAAUCUACAGUACCCUAGGAAUCGUCUUCGCAAUCGUGGGUUCUGUAAGGACAUAGUUUUCUGUUCAGGUGACAGGUCGGGAGUGUCAAAGAGUCUUGUUACGGCGGCCAAGUCGCUUGGCUCUAAGGACAACAUCUCAGUGGUAGUCGCCUGGCUGGACAUGUCGACCCUCGAGAACGGGCACUUCGGCCAGGAGCCGGAGGUAGACGUUACCGACGACAUCCUUCUUCCUUCCGUGCUCAGGAAUCUCAAGCCAUCUCCGCAGAUCACUUCGGGUAAGUCCCCUUAUUAA